AUGGCCCCCUCCGAAGACGGCGUCAUCCCCUCGCACAAGCGAUCUCAAGACGCUGCCAGCAUCUCCGGCUCGUCCACCAGCAGCGACGACUCGGCCCGUCGCAGAAAGCGUCGCGAGCGCAAGGAGCGCAAGAGGAAGAACGGAGAAUCAUCCGCUGUCAACGGCGCAAAGCCCAAUGCCUUCUCCCAGCGUCGCAACAGCUUGGCUAAAGCUUCCCGAGACCCCCGCGAUGAACCUCUCCCCAAGAAGCGUCCAUCAACUGUCCCUGUUGUUGCAGAGGAGGGCGCCAUUGUCAAGGCUAGCAGAUCGCCCAGUCCUGUGAUUGACUUUGAUGGUCUUAGCAGACCUAGCCGUGGAACGAGGGAGCGAAGAGAGGAGACGGAGGAGCAGGCUGCUGAGCGAUUGGAUCGUAUGAGAGGUGCUGUGCGCACUCUUCUCGAAUGCGUCGGCGAAGAUCCCGAUCGCGAAGGUCUUCUCGAUACUCCUUCGCGCUACGCAAAAGCUCUUCUAUUCCUGACCAAGGGAUACCAGGUCAAUGCGGAGGACAUUGUUAACAACGCUCUAUUCAGAGAAGGACACAGUGAGAUGGUCAUUGUCAAGGACAUUGAAGUUUUCUCUCUCUGCGAACAUCAUCUCGUCCCAUUCACAGGCAAAAUGCACAUCGGCUACAUCCCCAACGAGACCGUCAUCGGCCUUUCCAAACUACCCCGAAUCGCCGAGAUGUUUGCGCGCCGCCUUCAAAUUCAAGAGCGCCUAACCAAAGAAGUUGCUCACGCCAUCAUGGAGAUCCUCAAGCCACAGGGUGUCGCCGUAGUUAUGGAGUCGAGCCAUCUGUGCAUGGUGAUGCGCGGAGUUGAAAAGACCACCACCAGUACUAUUACUAGCUGUGUCCUGGGCUGUUUCGAGCGCAAGUCCAAGACGCGCAACGAGUUCCUUAACCUCAUUGGCAUCAACAAGAGAUGA